AUGCUAAAAGAACUUUUACCACAAAUUGUAUCAGAGCAGCAGAAUUAUUAUUUACAGGGCAUCAAAUUAAUUUUUUGUGAAGGCAGCAGAGUAGUUGCUAUCAAAGGCAGCAGAGUGGUUAGUAUUAGAGUCAGCAUUAGUAUCAGGAAUACUAACAUCAAACUCAGAAUUUGUAUCAAGAGCAACAGAACAGAUCCAGAAUAUACAAUAGCACAAGACCCAAGAUAUAUAUCAGGAGUAUUAGGGGCAGCAAUACCAGACACAAAAUAUGAAUCAGAAUUAACAACACUAGACCCAAAAUAUAUAUUGGAGCCACUAGCACUAGAAAAACUUAUACAAAAA